AUGCCACCGCUUGCACCUCCUCCAGAACGUAGUUGUUUGAUGUGCCAAUCGGAAGACGACAGCCGGAUGGUAUGCUGUGACGGCUGCCACAACUGGUUCCACUUCGACUGUGUCGGAGUGACGGAGUCCAUUGCUCAUCACCCGUGGAUCUGUCCGAGCUGCGUCAAACCAAGUACCAAAGGACAACGAGUCAACGUCAGCACCACCGACAGUCAAACAAUCUGUGCCAGCCGCACCACCACUCGCGACAGAUCCGCUAGGUUUAUCUGCACCACCAAAUUCUUCUGGGCAGCCAGCCCCAUUCGCGCCAUCAGCUCCAUUCGCUCCAGCAGCGCCCUCCGCACCGCCGAGCUACACCUCCUCGAAGGCACCGGUGCAGCGAACGAAACAGGGUUACUUAAUUCGAGCCAAAUCGCUGCUCGUCACGCGGUAGCCAAGGAACUGCCGGCGUAUAGCGGUGAACCAGAGGAAUGGCCGCUGUUUAUAGCAACGUACGAGAACACUACUAGACUUUGCGGGUACACGCCGGAAGAAAAUAUGGUUCGGUUGCAGCGCUGUCUCCGGGGUAAAGCACUAGAAGCGGUGAAAUGCCAAUUACUUCACCCGGCCAAUCUAGACUUCGCCCUUUCAACUUUGAGGAUGCUCUUUGGCCGUCCAGAAAUUAUUGUGCAUACCCUCAUCGAAAAAAUCAACCGAAUACCGGCACCCAAGGCAGACAGGCUCAGUACGCUUGUGGACUUCGCACUAGCCGUCCGAAACAUGGUCGCUACGGUAAAAGCCUGUAAGCUAGAAGAUCAUCUGUAUAACAUCACCCUACUUCAAGGUCUGGUAGACCGGCUUCCAACGAUGAUUAAACUGAACUGGGCAACGUACCGUGUUCAACUACCACGGGUUUCGCUUGUGGAGUUUAGCGACUGGCUGUAUACUGUAGCGGAAGCAGCAAGUACGGUAACGAUGCCGACACCCGUUGUUGCUUACGACAAGUUACGUCGCGGCGCUAAGGAAGAUGGGUUUCUUCACGUUCAUUCCGAACACGAAUCAGGUGCUAGUUCAAUACAGCGGCCGAAAAAUUGCUGUUUGAUUUGUCAAGGAUCAUGCAACGCCGUAGAGACUUGUCAGGAGUUCCUUAAUCUCGAUCACUCCGACCGAUGGGCUGCUUUGCGCGAGCAUAAGUUGUGCCGAACCUGCCUAGGAACCCAUCGAGGACUCUGUAGGUCAGGCGACAUAUGUGGUAGGAAUGGAUGCACAUUCAAACACCAUCGCCUGCUUCACAAUGACCGUAGCGAAAUCAACGUUCCCGCUACCAGGUACCCUACACAGUCCAAUCAGACCACUAACACCGAGUCGUCCGCCAGUGCUACCCAGUACAACUGUAACACGCACAGAUGGAAUGAGAAGUCAGUACUGUUCCAAUACGUACCUGUAAUACUUCACAGUAACGGGAAUACAGUGCAUACCUACGCAUUCAUUGACGGUGGAUCCCAUAUGACGCUGCUCGAGGAGGACCUGGCUGCAGAACUAAACCUCCGGGGAGAGAAGCAUCCUCUCUGUAUUCGCUGGACGGCCGAUCACUGUCGCUUCGAGGAUAACGCCGAACGUAUUUCGCUUCAAGUCUCCGGAACGCAAAGUGGUAGCACCAAAUUUUCUUUGAUGGACGUGUUUACCGUCAAAGACUUGAAAUUGCCUGCGCAGUCUCUCUCUGUAGCAACUAUGUGCAAACGCUACAGCUACCUAAGGGGGUUACCUGUUCAGUCAUACAACGACGUGCGCCCCCGUCUUCUGAUAGGGAUGAACAAUAUACGGUUGGGCCACCCCCUAGAUAGUCGUGAGGGCAGAGAGAACGAACCGAUAGCAACAAGAACGCGUCUAGGUUGGACAAUAUUCGGAAUUUGUUUGGAUGAUCAUCCGAAACCGAUAACAGUCCCAUACAGUUUCCACAUCUGCUCCCACUCACAAAAUGAUGAUGAUGAUCUACACACCACGGUAAAGAACUACUUUGCACUGGAGAGUUUGGGAAUCGCCGCACCCAAAAAGGAAUUGCUUUCAACGGACGACGAACGUGCUGUUAAAAUACUGCGGGAAAACACGCGGCUCGAGAACGGCCGAUAUAGCACAAGUCUAUUAUGGAAAUACGACGACGUACGUUUGCCAAACAAUAAAGCAAUGGCCCUCAGACGUCACCACUGCCUUGUAAAAAGAAUGAAACGCGAACCAUCGCUAGGCGAAGUACUCAGAAAGAAAAUAGCCGACUACAUCCAAAAGGGAUUCAUUCGUAAGCUGUCGCCUGAGGAGGGGCGAAAGGCAGGUGACCGCAUCUGGUACCUACCUAUUUUUCCUGUAUCAAACCCAAACAAGCCAGGCAAAGUUCGCAUCGUGUGGGAUGCUGCAGCAUCGGUCGCAGGCACGUCUCUGAACUCCGUCUUACUAAAAGGUCCCGAUCAGUUGAAGCCCUUGCCUUAUAUACUCUACAAAUUUCGGGAACGACCAGUCGCUAUAUGUGGAGACAUAGAGGAAAUGUUCCACCAGGUCAGGAUGAGCGAUGAGGACCAGCAAAGUCAACGUUUCCUGUUUCAAGAUAGCGCGGACGCAGCCGAACCAGAUGAAUAUGUAAUGACGGUUAUGACCUUCGGUGCUACUUGCUCACCAAGCAGCGCACAAUUCAUCAUUAAUCGUAAUGCUGAGCGCUUCGAAGAGCAGCUACCAGCAGCAGUCGAGGCUAUUCGAGAAAACCAUUAUGUUGACGACAUGCUUGCCAGUGUCGAUACAGAAGCAGAAGCCGUACAGCUAGCUAGAGAUGUCCAUUUCAUCCACCAGCAAGGAGGGUUCAAAAUGAGGGGCUGGAUUUCAAAUUCUUCGACCGUUAUGGAGGCGCUCAACGGUACAGAAGCCGUCGAAAGGAAUUUGGAUCUCAAUACAAAUACCGCUCUGGAGAAAGUAUUAGGGAUGUGGUGGAAUAUCAAGUCGGACGAGUUCCAGUACAAACUGUCAAAGGAGCGUCACGCCGAUCUCUUGUUCAAUGCCAAGCAUCCCACCAAGCGAGAGAUACUCAGUGUUCUCAUGUCCAUAUAUGACCCUCUUGGAUUACUCGCCAACUUCCUCAUGCCACUUAAACUCUUGCUGCAGGAGAUUUGGCGCUCAGGAGUGGCAUGGGAUGAGCCUAUUGCAGAUCCGCAACUCCAGAAGUGGAAGUCAUGGUUGACCUAUCUACCCCAGGCGGGUUCAGUACGGAUUCCUCGGUGUUAUACUGCACUGGCACCCUACGAACAGUUGACCACCGAGCUACACACGUUUGUGGAUGCCAGUGAACUUGGCUACUGUGCGGUGUCCUAUCUACGACUUGAACUAGGGGAACACAUUGAAUGCGUGCUGAUAGAGGAUCCACACUGCAUCCCUUCCGACAACGGGAACUGGAUAACGGAUAAGACCAAGCGAGCGGCUAUCGGAAAUAAUGUCCACGUCGAACGAGGCUUCGCAAUAGCGAGGAUUAACGAGGUGUAUUGCUGCCCCUUACAGGUGGCCGUUAGACCAGUUCUCGUCUAUGCUGGAUUUGCUAUUAAGAAGACCUGA